UCCACUGCGAGGCGAGGUAAAAUUUCCAUUGCUGAAAUGAAGUUGUUACGUUUUUUCAGACUCCGAAGAUAUCCAUUACCUAGAACUGAAAGAACAUUCACGGAGACAAGUGCUUUGUUGGGGGAGAAGAUGCAGCCGCAGCCGCAGAUCCUGCCUCAGUCCACAGCCAGACUCAAUCGGAGGAACUCCAUAUCUCUACCCUGCGGACUGGACACCAUGGAGCCCCCAGAGUACGAGCCUCAGCUGACACCAGAGCGAGUAAGGCAUGAUGGGUACGAUACCAGUGACACAUUCAGUGACGGCGGAGUCACUGAGGAGGAGAGUGAGCCUGAACAGAAAAUGCCGACAAGAACAGUCAGGAAGAAGUCCAUCAGACCUCCACCAGUGGAUCACAGCGGGGACUCUGAGGAUGAGAUUUUGGACAUCCCGCCAGACAACUCCCCUGCCAACUCCGUCACCAGUAUAAACUCCAUGAAUUCCAUAUCCAGUCUUCUCAAGGAAAAGAUAAUGAUGACGUUUCCACGAGCUAUCCGCCACAAGAAACCCAAAGAGUAUAAACUCCAAGGGUUUGUCAGUUUAUUGUUUCUUACCGUUGUUUUCCUGGUGGGUUUCGCUCAUGUCUUCUACCACCAACAAGUCCUUCAGAGAGCUUAUUUCGACCGAAUUCGAUUCAACAAUAAGGAGAGGCUUGUGAGGGUUUACAAUUUUGAGGGCUUAGAGAUAGCUCUGGGUUACUUGGCUACAGAACUGCCUGAGACAGACCGCGUCUUCAACUGUCUCCCAGAGGAUGAGAGAAAUGAUGGUUCAGUGUGCAUGGAGUGGAUGAACCUGGCUCGUCUGUACCUGAGCUACUCUGAAAAUGCAGGACUACGCUGUUACCGCUUCGUCUGGCUCAGUCAGGAUCCUGCCGUCAGGCCCACGGACUGCUAUGAAGACGGUGACAACUAUGGGCACUGGUAUGGGGGAGGCCGCAGUCUGGGCAUGGCCUGGCCGGUAGAACUAGGCAGAGUGGAGAUGUCUGCGUUUGUUACUGGACAGGUAGGACGGCACCGCUGGGGUGGUGUACUGCGGCGGUACUUCAUUAACUCUCGUGGUGUUGCCAUCUCUGUGGACCCUGAGACCCCUCUCUAUGUCUCCAUCAAUGCUGACAAGUCCACUCGUCUGUGUUUACAGGGAAGGCAUGAUGAGUUUGCGUACAUGUCGUCACAAGGACUCCCCAAGCUCAACUACUCCAUCUGCACAGCAACCAACAUGAAGUUGCUACACUCUUCUCUCAGUGAGAAGUCGCUAUGGGAUGGACUGAGGGAGGAAGAUAACUCCAUCAUCAACUCUUUGUUGACUGAACCCGUGUGGCAGAUUGCACCUCAAGAUAAGCACAAACUGACUGAGCAGGCUGUGAUCAACUACACGGAAGAUGUCAUUGCUCUCGGCUUCCUCAGGCAGGGUCAUGUAUUACUCAACGAGUUCUGGCAAGCUGAGGUGGGUGACUUCACUGUGGACACAGAACGGUUCCCCACAAUGGAGAAGACCAUCGAGAUCAUACAUCGUCGAGGCUUUCGGAUCGCUCUCACGGUGCAGCCCUUCAUCGGCACUGAGUCUAACAACUUUGCUACGGCUGUUAAGAAAGGACUGCUGGUGACAGAGAGAGGGUUAGACAGAGAGAGACACAUUCCUGCCUUGACCUCGUACAAGUCUGUGGCCAGCGCGGGUAUGUUGGAUAUCACCUUCAAUGACAGCAUUACCUUGGCUUCAGAAGCAGUUGCAGCAACUUGUCACAAGGACUAUCAGAUAGACUCAUUCUACCUUGACAUUGGCACAAGCAUACGAUAUGCCACUCCAUUACAGCAUGGAGAGGAACUUAACCAACCCAGACGAGUACAAGGCCCUGAUCACCAAUGCCAUCUUGAGCAGUUGUCAGUGUCAUCGGAGUGUCGGGGGCUAUCACCAGGCCACCUUGCCCCCAUCUUUGUCUCUCUUCCCUCCCUCCCCUCCACCUGGGAAUCGUUGCAAGUCAUUAUUCCAACUACUCUAACUUUUGGCAUCAUUGGAUAUCCCUUUCUCAUGCCCGGACCAGUCGGCGGUGAUUUUGUAGUGAAAGACCCUCUUCGCUUCUCUGGUAAUUCUUCUCUGGACUUUGACUUCACUUUCGAGGAACUGAUAGACAAGGGGCUGCCAAACAAGGAGCUAUAUAUUCGGUGGUUGCAGCUGGCUACGUUCCUGCCAGUGAUACGAUACUCUCACCUACCUAGCGAGUACAAGGACGAUGACCAAGUUCUGGAGCUAGCCAAGGUCCUCACAGCCUUGCGUCAGAAAAUGGUAAACCCACUUCUGAAGAAGUAUGCCCAGGAGGCUCUGGACUCAGGAACCCCACUGAUCAGACCCCUGUGGAUGCUAGACCCCGGAGACUCCGCCUGUCACCUGGUCAAGGAUGAGUUCUCGGUAGGCGAGGAACUGAUUGUGGCCCCAAUCCUGCGGCCCAACACACAUGAGAGGGAGGUUUAUCUGCCUGCUGGCGUGUGGAAGGAUGGAAUUGAUGGUAGUCUGCGCAAAGGUUCGCGUUGGAUCCACAGCUACAAGAUUCCACUAGAAAAGAUUGCAUAUUUCCUGAAGAUGCCAGACAAUACCAGAUUCUAACAGUUUUCCUACUGAAUUACAAGGCAUUCUUUUCAACCAGCCCAUUGAAAUAUAAAACAUUUAAUUUUAGAUAGAAAAUAAGCUGUUUCCAAAGACAGGAGUUGAAAUAAAAAUAAUAAAAUAAUUUUUUUUAAUGUUUCAUAUCUAAGAAACUGCUUAACUUCACUCUAAUAAUAUGUGACUGAAAAAGUAGUUGUUUCGGAAGUUGUACAUAAUUUGUAUGAUAAAAUAUAAUAAAUAAGAUAGUAACUUUAGUUAUAAUGUAUUCAUUCUAAUUUAUAAAUUAGACAUUUUAUUACUUUCUCUCCUUAUACUAGUAUAGGAGAUUGAUAAAUAGUUGAAUUUUGGCUUGUAAAACAUGUCCCUUUUGUUUUGGAACAACCCACGUCUAUGAAGUAAAUUUGGUUUAAGAAUGAUAA